AUAUGGACUGGCUAAUAUUGAUGCUUCUUUGACGUGGUUGGAUUGUAAUAGUCGACUUUGAAACCUGACCUCUCUGAAAAGGCUUGCAUUUAUGUCUGGAAAUUCCUCUCUCUGGCCAGUUUGAAAAAAAGAUGUUCCAGUCUUUUAUCUUGAUCAACACAUUCACCUCACCCAAGGUGCCCUUAACUUGAGCCUGGCGUAGCCCUGCCAAAAUAUAAUAAACCAAUCCUCAAAUAUAGAUUCGCAUUUCCUCUCCUGUUUAUUCCUGAUUUCAAGUAACAUGCGGCUUCUUCUGGAUUAGCAGGGUAAAAAUAUUCACACGUUAUCCUUAUCUCACGAGGAGCUCUCUGUUUUUAAAGUCACGGAGAGAUCGCGUGAGGUAUGAGGCUGUUUGUAGUUUAUCUCAGUUAGGCCGCGGUUAUGUAAUAGUCAUGGGUGCAAAAGUGUAAAGAGAGGAGGGGGCUAAAAAUACACGUGAGAGACGGAUAGGGGGACUUUGCGCUCCAAUAUCGGGCAAGGUCAUAGCUCACCAAUUUCUUUGAAGGCUUGAUCAUUUAGCGAGUUGGGAAGAAGUCAUAGAAGCCGAUUUUAUUUCCCUCUCUUGCUCUAGCUUGAAUGUAUGUGAGCAGUGUCAUUGCCUCUCUACCCCCUCUUGCCGACGGGAGCUAUUAUAGAGAGCUAUUUAGCGACAUCAGCGCCAGUAGAGAUUAAUUAAAAGUGAGUGUGAUUCACUAGGCAUUGGUUGAGCCUCCGAAUUGGAUGGGGGAAGCCGACACCUCGUGCUACCGCUGCAAGCCCCAUCGGAGCUAGGAAACGUUGGAGCCCUUGUUUUGUUUGGAGCGCCACGCUGCGGCAACGGCUAGCCGGCAGAGGCUCGGUUGGCCUGGCUAACCCACGCACUCUUGGCCGUUGACAGGGAGACGGCGUAUGACAGUAGCAGCUCUCGCCAGAUAUUUGACAAGGAUGGAAAGGACAAGGCAUCGCUAGACAUCAACGAUGAAAGCACGUGUAGUUGGAUGAUGUUCGUUAGAGCAGCAUCAAGUUUUGAUGAACAGAACCUUGUAGCCUACCAGUUUAAUGAGGAUGUAUAUUUUGCCACCUGUAAACCAAUUUCUCCCCACACAGAACUCAAGGUGUGGUACGCAUCAGAUUAUGCCAAGCUUCUCAACUCACAUGUACUCGGCAGACAGGAUGAGCAAAUGACCGAUCUGUCCAUCCCGACUCCACCGUUAAAACACAAUCACUCGCAAGAAGCCUUCUUCACGACCUUGAACUCACACCAGGAUACAGCAGAGGCGAGCACGAGUUACCAGUGCAGUGACAACAACAAUAACAGUAGUCCCUCGGCAGAGCCUUGGAAGUGUUCCAACUGCAGCGAGGUUUUCAGCACAUUUGCACAACUCGAGUCGUGCCCCUGUGAAAACAAACGUGCCAAGAGAGGGCGCAAGCCGAAGGUCAAAUCACCCGGCGUCCCGACAACGAUCUCCAGCGAAGGUUUGAUCUUGGGCGGCGACGUGAGAAAGGCAGAGGGCCUAGCGUUGAAAACUGAAAAGGAAACUAAAACGGGUAAACCUCGACGGGGACGAGCCAAAAAAGAACCCAAGACUUACGCUUGCAGCGAGUGCCCGAAGAUAUUUGUGAACUCGGAGAAGCUUAAGACGCACACGUACAUGCACUCAGGGGAACGCCCCUAUGUAUGUUCAAACAACGGAUGUUCAAAGGCAUUUAUUUCAAAGUACAAGCUUCUUCGACAUAUGGCAACACAUUCACCGAAUAAGAUGCAUUGCUGCACUCACUGCAACAAGAAAUUCCACCGCAAGGAUCACCUGAAGAAUCACCUUCAGACGCAUGAUCCGAAUAAAGAGGCCUACCGAUGCAACGAAUGCGGUAAGGUCUACAGUACCAAACCGGGCUACAAGAAGCAUCUGGCAUUACAUGCUGCAGCAUCGGGGGAACUGGUGUGUAAGUUAUGUGAAAAGGACUUUGAGAGUACAGAGACACUGUUGCUUCAUCUGAAGCUGCAUUCAGGGAAGUCGACUGGUGUGAAGGAGAAGAAGCACCAGUGUGAGCACUGCGACCGACGCUUCUACACGCGCAAGGAUGUUCGAAGGCACAUGGUGGUGCAUACGGGUAGAAAAGACUUCUUGUGUCAGACGUGUGGGCAAAGGUUUGGGCGCAAGGACCAUUUAGUGCGGCACACCCGCAAGAGUCACAAGGAAGACGACAUGGAAUUACGGGUAAGGUUAGGGGAGCAGUUGCAGGCUGUUGGGGUGACGACAGUACAGCACAUGCUAGGGAUGCAGCAUCUUCAAGAGCAGCAACACCCUCAUCAUCAACUCCAGCAUCAACACCAUCUUCAGCAACAUCCGCAUCAACAGCAGCAACUUUCCCACCAUCAUCACCACCACCAUCAACAAAUGUCACCCAUGGGCCAACAGCAUCAACAGCAUCAACAGUUCAUGUAUCCAAUGCAGCAGUCGUUGCCGCAGCCGCCCCCUCCAUGCACCAUGUCCCAACCACAGCAGUUCACGGAGCUGCUGAAGAUACCACCAGUACCAAGGUUCAAAUCCCAGAUCCAGCCCAAGGUGACCAUUAAGAACGAGGUGCUCAAGAUGAACGAUCCUAUGGACCUGGGAGGGUUGGAAAACUGCAGUCUUGGGCGGGGUCAGAUGAUGCAGGAUGCGUUAGGUCCAGGAGGCGUCGACCUGGGCCAGCUCCUAGGGUUCUUACCCCUCAACGCCAUGCAGCAGCAGCAACAGCAGCAGCAACAGCUCGCCCCUGCUGCUCCGCCGACACCCACCUCUCCACCCAUGUCCCUACCGCCUAACACGCCCCCAGCUACCCUCCCCCAGUCCCCUCUCAACAUCCCCCAAACGCAACUACCUCAACAAGGGAUGCAUGCCCAGGACCAGACGGGGGUGAUACCCCAAUCACACAUGGACAACCACAUGAAUCACGUGCAAAUGCAGCACAUGGGCCCCACCCAAAUACCCUUCUCCGGAAUGCACUCAUUACCAAGAUUCCACCAGGCUUUUCAGUGAUCACUGCCUUUGUUGAACCACACAUCUCCUCGUAGCGCCCAGCUCAUAUUUAGAUCUUCGGCUGAAUAGCAAAGUUUCUCUGAUGUAGCCUUUGGCAAAACAUAAGCACUUUGUGUUCAAAAAGCAAUCUAACUCAUUCCUGACAUCUCAGGCAUUACAAUAAAAAAGAUAUCUAAUUAUUAUUGUCAUGUAGAGGCAACUUCAAAGUGGAGUGGUGAUUUGAAUCAAGGGUAUUUUUCUCUCAUUUAAAGAUAAAAAUUCGGACUAAAAACAUGAUACAUGUAUAAACCAGACAUUGAUAAUCCAGGGUAUUUUGGUCUCGUCCUAAGUCCAUAGAUACGGCUUCAAACGUAAACUAGUCCUAGGUUUACCUAAAAUUAUGUGUUACACGUUUACUCUCCACACCUAGCAGUGUAAACAUACCACUUUGAUAUUCCCUGCCUCGACAUGUAACAUAUAUAUUUUCCAGGCCUUUCCCUGACCCCUGACCCUGACAGAUAUCCAUUAAAUUUUUUAACCAACCACUGCAUCAGAUGUGACAAGGGAUGUAAGGUUUAAACAGUGGUCACGAGCCUGACAUUGAUUUAUUCUGGCUGAGCUACGGCUAUUGUAAGGCGAUGUGUGAAUAGACUUAUCCUUCCUGUCACUCUGCAAGAAGAAGAUUAAAUUCCAGUGUAAACAAGACCUUCAUAUGACUGUAUUCACAGCACACAUUUGCCCCUCUCGUUCAUACGUAGCGCCAGGAGUGUUCAUACGUGUAUGAUAUGCGAGGGAAUUAUUUAAGACUGCCAGAUGGUGUGCUGGAAACUACACGAGAGAUGCCGAAAAGCCGUUGGAAUAAGGCUUUGCAACGAAGGAUCUUGGAUUGACGUUUUAAGAUAUGACCCUUGGCAUGAAUGUAAUAUAAACCUUGAUCUAAUGGAUGUUUUACGGAGGUGGUGUGAAAGGGGUCUUGUACAUUAUACACAAUGAGCCAGUUGAUGUGUGACAAGUGUGCUGCAUUCAGACAUGAGUAGAAUAAUGUAAACGCUGCCUCAAUAAUAUCACAAUGUUUUAGUGAUACUGCCCUCGCUUGGCCCAACUCAUAUAGUGCAAUCAUUUAUUUUUGUUCAUACCUCUGUAGUCUUAUUACUAAGUAUUUGCUACAAAUUAAUGAAAUAUCCUCUCAUUAUAAUGAAAAUUCAAUAUUUUCAAAUACUUGCAGAGUUUUAAAAAAGAAUACCGGUACAAUGAAAACAUGCAUCAGGUUAGGAUGCAUGGGAUGCUCAGAUAUUGAAAUUGAAUAUCAGAAUCAACUUACGGGAUUUAAUGCCUUAUUUGUCUUUGAAGAAGAAGAAAUGUGUUACAUGAUUUCUCUUUUCAUUUGUAGCAGAUACUUGUCAAGUAAUCUCUAGCCAGGUGUCUGGUAAACCAUUUUUGCUCAGUCAAAGCUUUUGUAAUGGUUCUCGAUGCAGUAGCUACAAAUGGCAAAGUGAUAUUAUUUGUUUAUGUCGCAUGAAUUACUCAAAAAAUACCUCGGAAAUAUCAGUCUUUCUCUUGUUAUGUUUGAUUUUUUUCUUCUUAUUUUUACUUUGGUGUAUUUUUAAUGACAGAUUUGUACUUUGAGGGUAUGCAUCGAGUGUUUGAAUGCAACUCUGUUGAUAUUAUUGUUGAUAUUAUUAUGCAUUAUGCAAGGGGGAAACUUGUGUUUGUGUUUUGGGUUUAGCAGACUAAACCAAUUUUGACUUCCAGAAAAUUACUUUUCACUGGUGCAUUUCUUUACCAUUUGAUAUCAUGUUUUGAAAUUAUGCAAGUGUUUUUUUUAUUACAAUAAUGUCUUUAGAUUAAGUUGAUAGUUCUGUAUUGUUUGUCAUCUCUUUGUAAUUUGGAAACAUCGGUGAGGUUCUUUUGCAAUAAUCUGUUGUGCUGUCGCAUGUUACCAAAGCAAUUUCUUGCUAUGCACUUAAUUAUCAUUUCUCUCUUGGUUAAUAAGUUUUAAUGCCAGUAAGGGUAACAGAUUCCCUACAUGUUAAGGUUACAUCUACUUCCAGUCUGACACAUUUUCAGAAGACAUCUUUUGCUUUGGUGAUAACUUUUCAGUAAAGUUGUGUUGCCACGGUUUCUAGUGUUCAAUAACGUUACAUUGCUCGAUAAAAGCACAAGUUGUCAGUAAUGGAUGUGUUGCUUAAGCUACAAAUUUUCAGCAAUGGAACGGGGCUAGGGUUACUUGUUAUCGUAAGAGAUGUAUUGCUUCAAUUAAUAAUUUUUCAGGAAAGAUGCGUUGCCAUGGUAACAACUGGAAGAUGGGACCCAGUGAGACUGAGAAGGGUAGCCUUAUUUUAAGGAGAGUUGGAAUGUUUUAAAGAGUGAGAAACGUGAAUGGGUAUGCCGUCUACAUUGGUGGAUAGCAAGAAUCGUUAGUUGGGUAUCUGCAUGUUGGUCAGUACUGGGGUUUUUUGUCGUGAGACAGAAUUUCGCUUGUUCACUUAAGGGAAAUGGGUAGCAAUGAUUUUGUCAAGCAUAUGAAUCUUCAUGUCCUUUUUGUAUUUUGGGGUCCCAUAGUUUUACCCCCAACAAAAAUUAUAAUCGGCGCUAACAGCCAAUCCUAUAAAAUUUGGGGUCGGUUUCUCAAGACUUUAUUGUCAAUAAAAAGUUACUAUCAUUUAAUGAGAUGCACUUGAUUGCCUUCGAGCAAAUCAGCCCAUACAGAAUUUCAGCUUUUUUGUUGAGAUAUCGAUAAUUUUUCUGAGGACUGGGGCUUGAACUAUUUUGGAUGAAUAACCCUAAAGGUUAGUUAGCUAUUCUCAAAUACUCCAGUGAAAAGAAAAGCAUUAUUCUGUAUGUAUGUCUGUUUGUGUGUGUGUCUGUACAUAUAUCAAGUUCUAAAUGUUGAACUGUUGCACAAAUGAUGAUCAUGUUCCUUGCACGUAUAUUGUGAACCCCAUUGUCAAGGGUUAACAGGCUUAUUGUGUAUUCCUCGUCGUAAUUAUGUAACUGUUAUGCUGCGUUCAUACCCAACCGACACAUAAAUGUUUGUUGCAGUGUAGACCGUGGGUGGCAUUCCUGUUCACACAUAUUAUUUAUCUGUUUAUCAGCAUGUUUAGGCCUCUGAAGAAAAGUUGCUGCAAUGCAGGCGCAAUCUGUACUCUACAUAAAGUGGAAUAGUAGCAUCAAUUUGUUUGGUUUGGGCAAAGGAAUCAUAGUUCGAGGGGAGCGUUAAAAUGAAAGCUUGAAAAAUGGUACAACUCUAAUUAUUGACACAUUUUUUCAUACAUUUUCUUUCAAGGCAGCUGGUUAAUGAAUUAUAAGAAAAGAUUAAUUUUAUUGGUGCAAACCCACAAUUAAUUCUUCUAAAAAUACAUUAAAAGUCAAUUCAACAUGACUUGAACUAAGAAAUAUUAAAUUGCUAUCGAAUAUGUUUUACGCAGCUGUUAUUUUUCUUUAUUAUUUCAUUUGAAAUAGCUCAUCAAAAUUAGUCUUUAUCUGUCUGUGCUCUUUUUGUUUUGAAAUAUGCUUUAAAAUGUUUUUAUUGUAGUGCAGCUGUCAAGAAUUUAUGCAGCUUAAAUAAGGUUUAAGAUUUAAAACUCGUGAAAGAAUACAGUUUUUAACCAGCAACUGAAUACACCGCGAUGGGCGCAGCUGCAUAGUUUAUGUUCAUUAAUGGUUAUAAUGUAUUUAAUAUAAAUAUAAUAGUUAAGAAAAUAAUUGAAAGAAGUUGGAAUAUAUUGGUGAAGGGCUGAAACUAACUAAUUACCAAGAGGCAAAUUUUAAGCUGACUAUACUUGAUAAGAACAUAUUUAUAACUCUAGCAAUUAAUUAAGGAUAAUCAUGUUUGUUUUUCUGUUUUUAUUCUGUUUUUGUUCUAUUUUUUUUUCAACUGAAUUUGAUAUAUGCAUUGACUUGUAUUCUUCUAAUUCAGCUGAACUACGGUAUAUGCAACAGAAGUCAUGUUUUUAAACAAAGCAAAAUUUUAAUUUGUCUAUCAAGCCUCCAUCUACUUCCGUUGUUAAACUCAACUUAAGACUGACCUUAAUCCUAGUGUCAGGUCAAAAAUGAAAGUAGAAUUUAGUUUAAAUAUGGACUUACAUUGCUAAGUCGGGAAAAUUGUGGAGGAUAGGUGGUGGUCUAAAAGAAAAGAAGAUAUAGUCAAAUAUACUUAAACCCAUUACCUUUGGGACAGGAAUGUUCCCUGUAUUAAGCUAAUGGGAUUGAGAGGAUUCAACAUUCAUUGGGUUAAUUUGCCAUGAUGGCAUUUGAUCUAUGACCUUUAAUCUAUGACCUAUGAUCUUUGACCUAUUAUUUGAAGAUGUACUUAGGGUUUCCGUUAUGGGAUCACUGAAAGUCAUGGAAAUUGAUUAUGGGUGCGGCCAUGUGUUGCUAUGGCAGCCUUCCAGUUUGAACCAACAAUGGACGUGGUAUUUGUAUGCCGCUUGGAUGCUGCAACCCAUAUCAAAAUGGGACUUAUAAAUCUGGUUAUGGAAAGGGCAAAUAUAGGUCAUGGAAAAGUCAUGAAAAGUCAUGGAAUUUUGUUCUCAAAUUUCUUUGGGCAGACGUACCUCUGGACCCUUAAAGUCCAGUGCUAUCAGGCUUUCACGUGGAGUAUUCGAAAAAUUUGUUGUUUCCAUUUCAAACAUUUUUCGUUGAAAUCUUCAGUUUGUUGUGAAAGUGAUGGCCUGCUUUAAGCGGUUGGAACAGAGAGAAGAAAGAUUUGAUGUGAAAUAAUACAUCUCGGACCAGGCACGUCAGAAAAGUUCAGAUAAUCGACCCCACCACUGCCACCAUGAUGAGUUUGAGGGUCUUGGUAAUGGUAGAUAACUCAGGAUAAUAUAGAGUCGGCAGUCUGGUUUGUCAUGAUAGACAUGUUGUUUAUUCAACUACGACGGAUAUUCGGAUAUCGCAUAUCGUAACAGUUGAAGGAGGAUAAUAUAUAAAGAUAAUGCUAUCAAAAUAGCAGUAGGUAUCGCGUAAGUACGGACUAUGACACUUGUAUAGAACGGAAAAAUGCUUUGAAAUCAAAUUUGUCAUGAGGCUGCAAUUCCUGAAACCCACUGCUUUGUUUAAACUUCCGGUAGAUGUCUUGUAGAACUAAGGGAAUGCAAUAGUUCAUGGGUUGAUAAUUGUAAUCAUUACAUUUUAUGUACAUUUGGGUCUUGCUUGGAGGUGGAUUUAUUGAACGGGUAAUGGCAUAUUGUCAACAUUCUUGUAAUCAUCAAGUCAUCAAUUUUGUUUUCCUUUGUUUUGCUUUGCUUUGCUGUGCUUUCAUGGAUAAAAGAAAUUCACACAACAUACGUGUAUUCCCUGACUUGCCCGACAAAAUGCAGACAAAUUGUUUUUACAUAAAUACAGAACAUAUGGGGGAAAUACCAAUACAAUCCAUAAGCACUUAUUAUUUGUUUUCAGGUACAUUUUCUCAUUGGACAAUCCUCAAUUAUGCAUUCAUGUUUGCAAAGUAUUCUAUUUAUUUUUUCAGGAAAAUUUGAAAUCAGGUUUUCACCUUAUAUAUCACAUACCUCACACCGCCAACA